AUCUAUCCUCACAACCUUUAAUUCACAACAAACGCAUAGUAAUAAUUAUUCUCGGGUCGGCCUUAUAUUUCACUCUAAUAUAUAUAUAUAUAUAUAUAUAUUCCACGCUGUCAAAUAUACAACCAUCACCGUGACCCCUCGCCAAAUCCACCAACAGAACAAGCAGCCAACCAAAUUAAUUGGGACUACUACUAGCGUAGUACCAGAAACCCAACCAAGCCCCAGCCAAACAACCAUCAAACCCCGAAGAAGAUAUAAAGAAAGAAGAACGAUCUUGAAGAAAGAAUAAAAUGAAAUACCCCUGGCUCCGCCCCCUCAAAGCAAAAGCCCUGCAACAAAUAGCCCAAAGAACGGGGAUUCAGAGCUCAGGCACCAAGGCGGUAUUGGUGGAGAGGUUAGAGGGGGAACUUGCCCCGUUGAUCAUACCUCUUCGUACUCAGUAUGAUGCUGAGAAUGAUGGUGCUCCGAAGAAGCACACUAAGAAGAGGAGUGAUAAUAAUGAUGGAAUAAGACUCCUAAGCAUUGAUAUGGGGAUUCGCAAUUUGGCGUUCGCUGUGUUGCAUGCUCCUUUAUUAUCUUCUUUCUCUUCAUCAUCAACUGUCUCAUCCGAGACAGGUACACCCAAAGACAAAUCUAAGUGCAAAGAGGAAAAUAAUACCAUUACCCUCACCGCAUGGAAACGCCUCUCCAUUCCUGAUCUGUGCCAUGCACAACACCCCCAGCACCAUGAUCAGGAAGGACCCGCAUCACUCAUCCUCCCCACCACACCCAAACCCAAAUCAAAAUCAAAAGAAACAAAAGCAAAGGCAAAAGAAGACUUCUCCCCCAGUCUCUACGCCCGCCACGCAUACACCCUCAUCACGACCCUCCUGUCUACAUAUAACCCCACCCACAUUCUAAUUGAAAGACAGCGGUUCCGUACGGGAGGCGGGUCUGCGGUCCAGGAGUGGACCAUAAGGGUUGGUGUGCUGGAGGGGAUGUUGUAUGCGGUUCUUGAGACGGUUAAUUCUUCUGGACUUUUUUCUUCUUCGGGUGGGAAGGUGCAGGUGUAUCCGGUUGAGCCGGGGAGGGUGAGUCGGUUUUGGGGGGAGGGGGAGGAAGCGGGGGAUAUUGGGGAUGGUGAGGUGGUGAAGAAGACGAAGAAGAGGAAGAAUGUGAGGGAUGUAAAGAAGAUGAAGAUUGGGUUGGUGAGGGGGUGGUUAUCGUCGCUGAGUUCUGAUUCUGCUACUGCUGUUGGGGAUGGGGCUGGGGAUGAGGGUAGGAGGGUAAUGAUAGGUGAUGAUGAGGUGAGGAAAUUGGCGAAAUCGUUCCUGGAGAAGUGUGAAGGGAAACGGCGGAUAAAGAAGGCAGAUGGGGAGGAUGGGGAGGAUAGUAUGGAUAUUGGCAAGUUGGAUGAUUUGGCGGAUUGUCUUGUACAGGGGGUUACUUGGUUGGAGUGGCAGAGGAUGAGGGAGAAGAUUGUUAGGGAUGGGGGGAUUAACUUAUGA